GUUAUUACAGCUGGUGAAGAAUACUUGACAAGAAAUAUUUUAAGUGCCUCUGAACAUUAGCAGAACAUUUUUGCUGCAAUGCUGAAUAACUGACUCCUCUAUCUGAAUCAAUGGGCACUUGACAGUGAAUGUUAGGGCUGUAUACCAGCUACACAGCACCAGGGAGAUGGGAGAAAUUCAGAUUUCGAUUGAAGAUGGUGGCCAUGGAUUGGAGAACCCAGGCUUAGAGCUCACGGAAUCAGAUGGAAAUCCAAGAGCAACAAAGAAUUAUCACUCUUCUGAGAUUCUGGGGCAAAACAGCACUCAAGAUGCUCCUGUCUGGAGGAAUAAGACUGUGGCUUGGCCCUUUUCUAAAGCAAGGUGCUUUUGCAAGUUGAACAUCAAGUUACUACAGAAGAUCAUCUGGUGCAUCUUGUAUGCAGCCUACCUGGCCUACUUCAUUGCAGCCUGUUGGCUGGAUUUUGAUCGAGCCUUGGCUUUGGUCAUUCUCACCGGCCUGGCGAUCGGUCUCAUGGCCUACAGCUUGGUGAAGAAAUGGUGGGGGUCUGCAGCUGUCAGAAUGUUGAGACCUUGUGGGAAAUACUGCCGGAGGGCCUGGCCAUGGCUGAAGUGGGUUUUGUGUGCCCUGAUUUUGAUUGGGCUGAUCACGUGGCUGGCUCUUGACAUGUCUCAGAGGCGAGAGCAGUUGGUGUCCCUGGGAGGCUUUGCUGUGUUGGUGUUGAUACUUUUUGCUUGCUCCAAGCACCACAGGGCUGUGUCUUGGAGAGCUGUGUUUUGGGGACUUGGCCUGCAGUUUGCUUUUGGAGUCUUCAUCAUCCGGACGGAGCCUGGAUUUCAAGCUUUCCAGUGGCUUGGUGCACAGAUUCAGACUUUCCUGAACUACACCAUUGCUGGUUCCAGCUUUGUAUUUGGGGACAUAUUGAUCCAGGAAGUAUUUGCCUUUCAGGUAUUGCCCAUCGUUGUCUUCUUCAGUUGUGUGAUGUCCAUUCUCUACUACCUGGGAGUCAUGCAGUUUAUUAUAAUUAAGUUGUCCUGGCUCUUGCAAAUCACGAUGGGCACGGCACCCACAGAAACUCUGAGUGUGGUGGGGAAUGUAUUUGUGGGGAUGACAGAAGCUCCACUACUCAUCCGUCCAUACCUGAAAGACAUGACAGUGUCAGAGGUUCAUGCGGUAAUGACGGGAGGCUUUGCCACCAUUGCUGGCAGCGUGAUGGGAGCAUACAUUUCAUUUGGGAUUGAAGCCUCCUCCUUGAUUGCUGCUUCAGUGAUGGCUGCACCAUGUGCUUUAGCGAUGGCUAAACUUGUCUACCCAGAAGUGGAAGAGUCCAAGUUCCAGAGACGGGAGGAUGUGAAAAUUGCCUGUGGGGAAGAGAAGAAUAUCCUGGAAGCUGCUGGAAAUGGAGCAGCCAUCUCCGUGGGGCUGGUUGCAAACAUCGCAGCCAACCUCAUUGCCUUCCUGGCAGUGCUUGAAUUCAUCAAUGCCACGCUCUCUUGGCUGGGGGCUAUGGUCAACCUGCCAGAACUCUCUUUCCAGUUGAUCUGCUCCUAUGUCCUGGUUCCUUUCGCCUUCUUGCUAGGAGCAAGCUGGGAGGAUGCGCCCCUUGUUGCUCAGAUGCUGGGAACGAAGAUCUUCUUAAACGAGUUUGUAGCCUAUCAGCAACUGUCAACCUACAAGCAGAGGCGACUGGAUGGACUGCCCGAGUGGGAUGGUGAUCACAAGCAAUGGGUUUCGGCCAGGGCUGAAACCAUCACUACCUUUGCCCUGUGUGGAUUUGCCAACCUGAGCUCCAUCGGGAUUAUGCUGGGUGGCUUGACAUCCAUGGCACCGCAGCGCAAAAGCGAAUUUUCCAGCAUUGUCCUGAGGGCUUUGUUCACCGGGGCCUGCGUCUCCCUGAUCAAUGCAUGCCUUGCAGGUAUCCUCUAUGUACCCAGAGGAGAAGUGAUUGAUUGUCUAGACUUCUUCAGCAGAACUGACCUCAACUCGACCAGCUAUUCUGCCUACAUUUGCUGCAAAGACUUGUUUUCCAGCACUUUGACAACAUCCAACGGGUCGCUCUCUUUCUCUGGUGUUUGGGAAAGUUUGGACUUCAACACAUCAGUCACUUAUCUUCAGAAGUGCUGUGGCCACUACAAUGCUACAGCCUGUACUUAGUAAACUGUCACUGCCACAGAAGGAGCAAGUACAGUGCAAAAAAGACACCCCACUUGAAUGAUGAGAAACCACCAAGUUAUCUUUAGUGGAAGAAGGCGCAUGUAGUUAUCCCUGUAUAUGUAAAACACUGCAAUAUGGAUCCAGUAGGGGCCAAACUUCAACUUCAAAUGUAACCGUGAGGUAUAAACCAAGAAUGCAAGAACUCUAAGGGUACGCCUGCGCAGGCAAGACCUUCCUAGAACAAUCAGUGCAGCCACUGUGGUUUGCUUAUCUUGGUUUUGUGAUACAGAAAUAUCCAGAAGGACAACAACAGUUUCCUGGUGAAAAGUUGAGCAGGGACCUAUCAGGUGGGUUCCCAGUCAUCAAGUGCCUUUCCUUGCAAGGUAAUGAGUCCUAAAUUCCUUUUCACUCUUGGUUCAACCAGAAGGCUGUGUUUCUUUUCAUGUCUUUAGAUUCCUGAUUCAUGUUUGCCCUUCCAUUAAUUAUACACAUCACAACCAUGCCUUUUCAGAUGCAAAUCCCAUUCAGAAACAGGCUUACCACCAGGUAAAUGGGUAUAGGUAUAAAGCUUUAGGGUACAGCACAUUGUUGGCCCUUAACAUUCACAGCUAAGUGUGCAACUCCUGCCCCAGCAAAAGUGGAAAAACCAAAUGUGGAAGGAAGACUAUAUUCUCACUUCUCUCAGAGUAAGAGUCAUUGAGUUCACAAGGACUUAACACCUGAAUAAAUCUUCAUGCAAUUCUAAAGGGUUAGUUAGCUGGAUAGAAAGUAGGUUCUAAAUGUUAUAGAUAGGCUGAAUCAAUACAAUUUACUGAUGUACUAACUCAUCCUUCAACAACCAAUUGAACAGG